UGGAUGUUGAAAAUAUACCGCGGGCUGGACAAUAACUUCGGAAUACCAGGUUUUUGUUUUUUGAAGUGUACAGUUCCUGUGAUAUGGAGCAGUAGUUUCAAGACGUACAAGUGACGUAAUCAUUUUUCAUUUUCUAGUACAUGAUACUGGUAAACAUCACAACGCAAGGGGAUUCACAAUAGCCCAAAACGAAACUACCUCUAGCGACCAAUCAGAUUUGUAGGAUGUAGAAGUGCGCAAUUUGAAUUAAUCGUUUUGGAGUGCCUAAAUGUAGACUUAUCGGACCUACAGUAAAUUUUGGGUAUAUGUCCAAGACAUAUUAGAAACAGAAAUUUCCAGCAGGGAAAGUUCUUUUCGAUUGGUUUUUCGGCCCUAUAGUCAUAUAUGUGCACGGUAUGCUAGAGUUAUCAUUAAUAACGGUUUUUAUGUUCUGAGAAUUGGAUUACAGUUCGAAGGAGAUGCGCAAGUCACACACGUAAAAUUGUAACACUUAGUUCUUUGUCAGAUGGAAUUUAAGAAAACUGCAUUAAUAAAGAGUACUAAGAUAUUAGUGAUCGAUGUAGGGAGAGCGUCUGAACGAACCUCUUUCGAUUUCAUAAGUUAGGCUUAAUGUAGAUUCUGACGGCUUCAGCAGUGUGUAACACAUAAUACAUUAAGUUAAAAUUAAAAGUAGUGGACUUCGAAAGUUGUAAUAACAUCAAUUUUCACUCCUAUAUUUGUUGAGUAAUUAUGUCCAAAUUAACAGUUGCUUAUAUAAACAAAUGCUAAAGAUAUCUACGUCAAGAGUAAUUUGUUAACAUGAACAUUUAGAUAUACAACAUUGCGUUGUCAUUUGCUAGUUGAGUGGAGUAAGACUAGUGUUAUUAACAUUACUAGUAUUGGAGUAUAAGUGUUGAUCAUUUCAUAUCGGUAUUACUAUGACUUGUAAAAGCUUCUUCUCAAUAUUAGGUCAUGGGAGCCUGUGAAGUUUAUCGUCCUCUUCCUUCUGAAUCCGAUGAUAGUUGCGUCCACAGGGCGAACAGUUUCUCCGCUUCAGAAUCAGAUGUUCUACAUGUAGUCGUUUCAGAAUCAGAACUAACUGAAUUACCAUUACCAACCUACGUGUGCGAACUAUGUGGCAUCAGAGUGAAAACAAAAGCAAAUUUGCGAGCUCAUCAAAUCAAAACUCAUAAAAUCAUGAAGAAUGCGAAAGAUAUCGCAUUCUAUUCCAAACAAAGGUAUACUGUUAGCCACAUCUAUCAUUGUCCAGUGGCUACAUGUAAACAUAACAUUAGUUUAGGUGGUGGAUUCAGUACUUAUUGGAGAUUGAAGCAGCACUACCAACAUGUACAUAUGCAAAAAAGUUACCAAUGCGAAAAAUGCAAACAUUUUUUCCCGACACCUUCUUACCAUGCUUAUCAUCAGAAAUUGUGUGGAGCAACGUAUUCUUGUUCAGUUUGCUUUAGAUCUUAUUCCAGCAAGAAGCACCUACUUCAACACUGUAGAAGAAGUGGGCACCCUAACACUUCAUUACCUAAUUCCUUUACAAAAACCAAAGUGGCUGCAAGUGUACCACCUACAAAAUGUGCACCAGUUGCUGGUUCAGCUACCUCCUGUAAUUCUGUUCCCGUGACCACAUGUGCACCAGUGUUAUUUCCGAUAAUUAUUUUACCAGUGCCUGUCCCAAAUACAAACGGAUUACAUGCGGGAAAUAUGGACUACAAUAUUAUGAACUACUCAAAUAUGAAUUCCUUUUUGUAUACAAGCGCUUUAUCAGCUCUUCGAACACUUUCAGCAGAAGUUUACCCCAAUACAAAUAUGCAGGUUGGUUCACCCGAAUCAUUGGUAAAUCCCAGUGGGACUUCAGUAGUACUCAAACCAAACUUGAAAAAUUUUUGUAAUCUGUAUACAGUGGCUUAUGCUAAAGCUCCCUCCUCAGAAGCAUCGACUCAAACAGACGAAGCGUAUACAUCGAUGGCUGUAUCACACCAAUUUUCUCAUAGUGCACAACCUCAUGAACUUAUAUCUGUGAAUACAUGCACUGACGAAGAUGAUAUAAGUUCAUUCAUUGGUGGACUAUUCUGUAAUGCCUCAGUCGAAGCGAAUUUCCCCCAACAUCAUACAGUAGAAGGAUCGUACGAGGCUAAACCAGAGGAUAAUCUAUCAGCCCCCGACGAACAGUUUCCUCAUUUGGAUUCUCUGAAUAAACAUCAACCAAAUAUGUUGGAAAAUUCAAUCGAAAAUUCGGUUCAGACAGUCAGUUACAUUCCUCUUGCCGGAUGUUUGCGCAGUGGAGUAGAUCAAGAAAUUCAAGCAAAACUGGUACCUCCACGUGAAAAUGCAUCUAUGCAAACUGAUUUAGUAGAAAAGCUAAGUGUUGAGGCAGCUACCGAUGGUCAUCACGUCGACCGUAGUACUUACUUUAGCCUCAACAGAAUGCUUGAAACACCUCCACCACCUGUGUCUAUGCCACAAAGUACUGUUUCUCUUGGUACUCAUCUAAGCACUGCAUGCCAAACUUUACAUCGUUUAUUGGAAGAACAAGAAAAUCUAGACAGGCAGCCAUCAAUUAUAGAAGCAUUAAAUAUGGAGACGUCAGUUGCCUCUGAUGCUUGUACUGGUGCCAAUUUGUUAAAUUAUGAAUACGAUUUGUCCAGCGGAACAGAUCAAGUGCUAAGAUGUAAGUCGUCAUCGUCUCCUUCAGAUAAAAUGUUUGCAACAACUAGUACUAUGCCUGUUUUACCUGACAAUCAGCAGUUUUGUUACCUGAAUUCUAUCGACACAACAACACAGCAUGAUUGGUCAGUUGGUGUGGACUUCACGCAUAACCAAACACAGACAAUCGAUGAAGAUAUCGAAUUAUGGUUGAACAGUGUGGAAACACAAACUAAUCUUGCGUCAUUCGAUCCAAGCUUUUUCUCAGAUAUAUGUGUUGGUGUAGAUGAUGACUUUUUUCAAUCGUAGCUCCUUUCCUAUUACUACACAUGCAUUGUCACCGUUACGUAUAAUUAUGACUUAUAUUCUAUAUAAUAACUGAUUUGAAAAACAACUUAGUGCCCUUCACUGACACAUAUCAGCGCACAUUGAGAUAUAUUUGUUCUCAUUUUAUUCAUAUUUUAUCGUUGCUGCUCCUCACAUUUCUCUAUUUUGUAUAUUUCUAGAAUCCUGUUUAUAAUUCACUGUUUGGACUGUUUUUAUAUUCAGUUUUGUUUUGAGUUUUAUUAUUUUGCUGCUCAUUCAUUUCCAUUCCAUGUUACAAAUUUUGUACAUAUAAGAGGAUAAUUAAAUAGGAACUACCGGUAGAUCUACAGUUGAUAAUAUGAGUUAUUCAAAUGAUUUUAUUGCUUAUACUGACAUUAAAAAAAAAACUUUUUGCAUACUUAUUUGUUAAUACUUCGUUGAUUAGUCACUUGAUAGAACGCCAAUAGCAUGUAUUUCCGUAAAGAAUUUUUCAACGAAAUUGAGUAUCUUAGUGUUAAUAUGUUUUUACUCACAAGUGAAUUAGACAUUUUGCGAAAUGAGCAAAUUGAACUUGAAUUAUACUACACCAGUCCAGUGUUCUUAAUUAAACCACACGGGAAUUUUCCAUGCCUUGAAGAAAUGUAACUCCCUACUGACAGUAGAGUAGCUCAACGGUAUUUUCCAGUCGUCUGUCAAGCUUUCUGAAGCAAAGUCAAAAAGCUAGCUUCUAUGUUCUCACUUAGCCUAGUCAUUUGAGCAACUUGUGGAUGAGUUUGUGACAUAAGUGACGGGGAAUUGGAAAAUUGUUAUCACAUUCUUGUUUAGCGAUGUGACAGUACUUAUUAUUCAAAUAGCCAAAUCACGUAUUUCCCAUAUUUGUGUUAGCUCUUCUAUGUAUUUAUACAUAUGUGAAGGUUCUCUUUAUCGAAAUCCAGCCAUCGAUGUACUUAUUCAGGCAGUAUUUAGCUAAUGCUGUU